CUUUCCAAUGUCUUAUACUUGAACCCCUCCAAUCUAAUCACAUUAAAUCAUAACCCUGUCAACACCUGUUCUCUUUCUCUCUCUCUCUCUUCUUCCAUAAAGUACCAGCCAUUGACAUAGAUCUAACAAUGUAACAGAGCUUAUCUCCAUUUUACAAAUGGCGGAUCAUCAUCAUCUUCAUCAUAAUCGUCAUCUUCGUAAAGCUGGGAAAACCCCCAGAUCACAAACACUCCCAUCCUCCCCUACUCAUUCAUCCUCCUCCUCCGAUUUCGAAUUCACCAUCUCUCUCUCCCCUCGCAAAUCCUCCGCCACCAAUCUUUGCCCCGCCGACGACCUCUUUUACAAGGGCCAACUUCUCCCUCUUCACCUCUCCCCUCGCAUUUCCAUGGUACGCACCUUGCUUCUCUCUUCCUCCUCCACAUCUUCAUCCGCCACCACCGCCCGCCACUCCUCUGACUCCCACUCCUCCUUCUCCACCGACGGAUGCGACUCCUCCCGACCCAGCUCCGUCACUGACGACGACCUUCAUCUCCAAACCAAACUAUUCCCUUCUACCUUACAAACCCAGCCUUUCAUCUCCCACCACCACAAGAAACCCAAUAAGUACUUCUCCUUAUCUAGAUUCUCAUCUGUCUUCCGCAAGGAAACCAAAGCUCCGGCCACCACUGGUACUACUACCGCCGCCCGUAUUGACCAAGAUAUCUUAACCGGAUCUUCCGUUAAACGCAUGAGUGUGACAGCUAAAGAAAUGAUACGAAAGUAUCUGAAGAAAGCAAAACCGUUGUACGAAAAGCUAUCGCAAAGACAGGGUCAGACUUUUCAGGUUAAGAAAACGGGUCCUCCUCCACCUCCUCCUAAAACGGAGGAGAUCAGAAGCAACAAGGAAAACGACGUAAUCUCUCACUCGUUCUCAGGAAAUCUCCGGUAUCCUAGAAGGAGAAGCUGCGUAUCGAGCUGCCCAUCAUCCAUGCGGUCAUCUCCUAGUCACUCUGGAGUUCUAUGUCGGAACAGUGUGAUGAGAGGAACCGGCGGCGGCAUCUACUCCAACAACUCGUCAUCCAUGGAGGAAUUGCAGAGCGCGAUUCAAGGGGCGAUAGCGCAUUGUAAGAACUCCAUGACUCAGAACAACUAGAAGAAGAAGGAGAAGAAGAAGAAGAAGACGGUGGAAGCCUACAGGUUACAAGUCCGGCCAUUUGCGCAAGGUACAAGGUAUUUACUUCGCCUGUGAUCUGGAUCUGACUGGUUUUGGUAGAUUUGCUAGCAAGUACUUGAAAAUGUAAACCUUAAAUCAUUUAUUAGACUUACUAUGAGUUGUUACAAUAA